GCGCGUGCGCAGACGGCGGUUGGCGCCGGGAUGGAGGCUCUGCGGCUCUGGGCUCUGUGUCUGCCGGGCUUGGCCCUGAUGCGGAUCUGCGCGGCCACCCGGACUCCCCCGGUGCCCAGCACAGCAUGCUCUGAUUUCUCCAACAAAUCCUGUGAAGAAUGUCUAAGAAAUGUUUCGUGCCUUUGGUGUUACACACACAACACUUGUGUGGACUACCCUGUAAGGAGUAUUCUUCCAUCCUCUUCGCUGUGUCAUCUCUCAGCUGCUCGGUGGGGAGUUUGCUGGUUAAACUUUGAGGCCCUUAUCAUCGCCAUAGCUGUAAUAGCAGGACUCAUCCUAGUGUCCGUAAUUGCUUGCUGCUGUUACUGCUGCUACUGCAGAAAGUCUACUCGGGGACCAAGUGAAGAGGAAGAAAGAUUAGCCAGAGAUCGAGAAGAGAGACGACUGCAAUCUCUCCAACGGAAACAGGAAAGAAAAGUGAAACAUGAUGAAAUACGCAAGAAGUAUGGUCUUCUUCAGGAUUCAGAUCAUCCUUACAGCAGAUUUGAGAAUGAGUAGAAACACCCACGGCUGUAAAAUUUAGGAUCCAGAAGAAGCAUGGCCUUUUAUUUUGCUUUUAAGAGGUCUUCAGGAUCAUUUCUUUUCCUCAAGUUUAAAAUUGUGAAAUUAAGUAUUCAUAAAUCUUUACUAAAAUAUGUAUUUUUAUCUGUCUAAUUUACCUUUUUAGCACUAAUUUUUAUGAAUCUUUUUGAUUCUUGAAAUAUUCACCAUGUUUGCUGCCUGUAAAUGUGAAAUGUCAACUUUCCUCUUUUUAUUUUUCCUUUAGGCAUCAGAUUUCUAAGGUUUAUCAUGUAUUGGAUUUGACACCUUAAGUUACUUUUCUCCAGAAAAAAUAUCUUUUGUUUCUAUGUUUAUAAAUAAAAUUUUUCUUCCUAAAUCUGUUUGUACAGAUAAGAGAUAGCAAGAGGAGAAGAACUGUUUGACACUAGAGAAAUAUGUGGUUAUUAUUGUUGGCAAGAAAUAAUUACAGUAGACCAAUUUUUCAAUACCAAAACAGUAUAUGAAAGUAAAGAUGGCUAAUGUGUGAGGUUUCUUAUUAAGUAUAACUUGAUAUAGGAGUGAAAGUGUUGGUAUGUCAUCAGAGUAUGCCCUUGAUAUGCAGAAAAAGCACUUCAUUAGCAGGACUGACAAAAAAAAUAUUUGUAAUAUGUGCAAAAUCUGAAUGUAUAUGUGUGUCUACGAUCGAGAGAAAAUAUCAGGCUGUGUAAACAUUUUGUGCUGUGAACAAAUCUCUACAUUAAAAUUACCAUCUAUUAAUAAGAUUGCUUCAGCUUAACCGUGUAAUGAUUUUGUAAUGUUUUGGGGUUUUUUUAAAGGAAAUUUCAUAGCAUUGUAAGUUCUUUCUUUAUUAGUGGAUUCUGUUCCAUGUUUUGUCUCUUUAUUAACAGGCCUUUGAGCAUUUCAGAUACGUCAGCAAUCAGAGGCUGAUUUUGACCUUUCUCCCCCUCUUUUCAACUAAUGUGAAUUUCCAAGUAUUCUAUAGAAUUGAAAUAACCUAAUUUAUUGUGUAUUACCUUCUAUUAAAUAAAUUUACAGUACUGAA